AUGCCGAUACUACUUCAGAAGGCACUUGAUGCUUCUUCUCAGGGAACUUGGGGACGGCAAAAGUCCCUUGAGAUUUCUAAAGGUGCUUGGGGGGAGGAAAGGCCUGCCAAUACUUCUCAGGGCAGUUGGGGAUGGCAAAAGUCUCCUGAGAUUUCUAAAGGUGCUUGGGGGCAGCAAAAGCCUGCUGAUGCUUCUUCUGAGGGAACUUGGGGACGGCAAAGGCCUGCUGAGAUGUCUAAAGGUGCUUGGGGGGAGAAAAAGCCUGCUGAUGCUUCUUCUCCGGGCACUUGGGGACGGCAAAAGUCUCUUGAUAUUUCUGAAGGCAGAUGGGGGCUGCAAAAGCCUGAUACGACUUCUCAAGGCUCUUGGGGACAGCAAAUCUCAGGAGAUGUCUCGAGGCUUUUAGGAAUGUUUUAUGUUCCAGAAUGA